AUGUCGCCGACGGCUACCACCAGCAGCGACGAUGCAGCUGCUACCAGCUCAUUCACUUUCGAUCCGUUCGCCGCCGUUCGCAGCUUCAAGUAUUCCGGGUCCGUCCAGGCCGUCUACCCGUUGAGUCCCAAGCCCAAGAUCCCGCCGUCGAUUCGAAGGCCCAACUACGCCAGGGAAGGGUUUCUCGAGUCAAGAAACAUCAAGGUCAACAACAAAAAUGACCAGGAAGGCGUCAGGAAGGCUGCAACACUGGCUCGCGAGGUGCUCGAGAUCGCGGCUUCACAUGCCAAGCCCGGCGUGACCACAGACGAGAUCGACAAGGUCGUCUUCGCGGAAGCUAUCAAGCGAGACUGCUACCCAAGUCCACUUGGCUACCACGGGUACCCAAAGAGUGUCUGCACCUCCAUCAACGAAGUCAUUUGCCACGGCAUCCCCGAUCAACGACCAUUGAAGGAUGGCGACAUCCUCAACAUCGACGUCACUCUCUUCCACAAGGGCUACCACGGCGACCUGAACGCGACCUUCCCUGUCGGUGCAAAGGCCGAAGCCGACGCGGAAUCGAUGAAGCUCAUCCGCGUAGCGCGCGAAUGCCUCGACGCCGCCAUCAACAUCUGCGGCCCUGGCAUACCGUAUGGCGAGAUUGGUCGCGUCAUUCAACCCCUGGCCGAGUCGCAAGGCUGUGCCGUCGUCAAGAACUACACGGGUCACGGCAUCUCCAACUGCUUCCACGCCGCGCCUACCGUCUACCACCAUGCCACCAAGAAGAGCUUCGGUAUCAUGAAGCCAGGACACAUCUUCACCAUCGAGCCCAUGCUCAACCUGGGUUCAGAAUGGAGGGAUCUCUCGUGGCCGGAUGACUGGACCGUUGCGACGGUGGAUGGCGCGCGAUCGGCCGCGGCAGAGGAGACGCUGCUGAUUACAGAGACCGGUGUCGAGAUCCUGACUGCCAAGGGCGGCCCUCGUCACAUCGAUACGACGGAGCGACGCAAGGAGCUGGAAGAGCAAAUCAGGACGAGGGAGGAGAGGAAGAAGAGGAGAAAGCUGGACAAUGGCGGCACCAGCACGCCUGCCUCGGGGGCUGCGACGCCGACACCGGCUCCGGAAGAGGCCAACGCUACCACCAAGAGCGAUGCUGGGCCUGCCGUGUCGGACAAGUAA